UCUUCUCGGCGCGUCAGGUCUUCUGUCGGCCAUGCCUGAGCCAGCCAAGUCCGCUCCGGCUCCGAAGAAGGGCUCCAAGAAGGCGGUGACCAAGGCGCAGAAGAAGGACGGCAAGAAGCGCAAGCGCAGCCGCAAGGAGAGCUACUCGGUGUACGUGUACAAGGUGCUGAAGCAGGUGCACCCCGACACGGGCAUCUCGUCCAAGGCCAUGGGCAUCAUGAACUCGUUCGUCAACGACAUCUUCGAGCGCAUCGCCGGCGAGGCGUCGCGCCUGGCGCAUUACAACAAGCGCUCGACCAUCACGUCCCGGGAGAUCCAGACGGCCGUGCGCCUGCUGCUGCCCGGGGAGCUGGCCAAGCACGCCGUGUCCGAGGGCACCAAGGCCGUCACCAAGUACACCAGCGCGAAGUAAAGUUGCCAAGUAAGAAUAUCUAACCCAAAGGCUCUUUUAAGAGCCACUA